UUGCUUUUUUAAGUGCGUUUGUUUUAAUGCUUACGCUUAGGCAACACAAUAGAGAACCAUAAUUAACAUAAAUUUCCCUUGCAAUUAUUCCAUGAGUAACCCCACUAUCUAUGAGUUUAUUAUACUCAACCGAAAUGAAAGCUCAGGCAGGCCUUUGUUGUUUUCGGGAAUUGGGUGGUGGAACUUGCAAAAGUUCCCAACAAUCCAUAAUUUUUUUUCCUGCAAAAUCCUAUAGAAAUCAAAUUUACGCAAGUGGUGAAUGUUUUCAAUUUUGUUAUGGAGGUAUGUCUCCUCUGUUUUCUUCUUUUGUUCUUUGCUCGUGCCCAUUGCAAAUCAGAUAUUCACCUCGGCUACAGAGUUACCCUCGCUGUUCCUGUUGAGUACAGCGGCGGAUUCCUUGGGAGAGCUUUUUUGAUAGAGACCAACCAAAUGAAACCCAAUUUUAGGGCUGCAUUGAGUGUAGAACCAAUUGAUGGAAAAUAUUCGUGUUCCUUGGAAGUUUUUCUUGGUGAUGUGAAGGUCUGGAAUUCUGGUCAUUACUCUCCAUUUUUCACGUCAGAAAAGUGCGUGCUUGAGCUGACGAAGCUGGGGGAUUUGCAGUUGAAGGGAGCCAGAGAGCGAGUGGGAUGGCGAACUGGAACUUCUGGACAAGGUGUGGAGAGAUUACAGAUACUGGGGAACGGUAAUCUAGUCCUGGUGGAUGCCCUAAACCUUAUAAAGUGGCAAAGCUUCAACUUUCCAACUGACGUAAUGCUAUGGGGACAGAGACUAAAUGUGGCCACUCGCUUGACUUCCUUCUCCAGCAACUCAACAACGUUCUAUUCCUUCCAAAUUCAACACGACAAGAUUGCUCUCUACCUGAAUUCGGGUAAGUGGAACUAUUCUUACUGGGAAUUUAAGCCUUCCAAGAACAGAAACAUUACCUUUGUUGAAUUAGGCUCACAAGGGUUAGAGUUUUUCAAUGAUAAACAUCACAAAAUCGCGCAGAUUUUGUCGUCCAAAAGGAUUCAACAGCCCCUGAGAUUUUUAGCCCUGGGGAAUAAAACAGGAAACUUGGGGCUCUAUUUUUAUUCUCCUGACAAGCAGAGGUUUGAGGCGGCGUUUCAAGCGCUAAACACCACAUGUGAUCUUCCUCUAUCAUGUAAACCUUAUGGUAUUUGUACAUUCUCCAGCACUUGUUCAUGUAUCCGAUUUCUAACCAAAGAAAAUGGGAUGGAUUCUGAUUGCGGUGAUGGAAUUUCUGGUGGGUUCUGUGGGAGAGAUGAGGUAGAAAUGCUGGAAUUAAAUGGUGUUGGUAGCGUCCUAAGGGCUGCCCCUGUGAAGGUCAAUAUUAGCAAGGAAGCUUGUGCAAAUUUUUGCCUGGAAGACUGUAAAUGUGUUGCUGCAUUAUAUUCCUCUGGCGAGUUAGGAGAAUGCUAUCUUUAUGGAGCAGUGAUGGGCGUCAAACAAGUGGAGAGGGGAACAGGAUCCACCUACAUGGUAAAGGUUCCAAAAGGAACCCAUGUUGGUCAUGCGAACUCUGGACUGAAGAAAUGGGUUUUAGCAAUGGUGGUAGUGAUUGAUGGUUUGGUUAUUUUGUUUGUUCUUGGAGGUCUUGGCUAUUAUUUGAUUCGAAAGAGAAGAAAGAACUUCCAACCACUGAUAAUACCACCUAAGCCUGUUCUGGUGAACUUUGAUUCCAAGUUUCUCGAUAAAGAAUUAAACAUCACGAUUUUGGAUGUUUUCUAUAGGCUGGUUGAAGUUUGCAAGUGUAACGAAAUCGCAUUCAAAUUUGUUGUUUUUUUUUUAGUGAUAAUUCAUAUGGGAGAAAUAAAAAUUUAGCUAUUGAAGUCAAUUUUAUGUUUUUAA